UUUACAGUUUAAACAUCUAGGCAGGAGAACUAGAGAAAAGAAAGGAGAAGAGGGAUGAAGCCCAGGUAGCCCUGGACAAGGCCAAGGAGGAUGGGAACAUGGAGGAGGUGGAUAAACAGAGCAAGAGGCUGGUCAAGGUUGGGAAAGAACAUGUGGAGGAGUGCAAGACUUUACUGAAGUUUAUGGGAAUCCCAUAUGUGGAGGCUCCAUGCGAGGCGGAGGCACAAUGCGCCGAACUGGUCAAGGGAGGAAAAGUAUACGCCGCCGGAACCGAGGAUAUGGACACACUCACAUUCGGCUCAAAUAUUCUGCUCCGUCAUUUAACCUUCAGUGAGGCGCGUAAGAUGCCGAUCAAGGAGUUCUACCUGGACAAGGUGUUGGAAGGGUUCGAGAUGUCCCAGGAGGAGUUCAUUGAUCUCUGUAUCCUUCUAGGCUGUGAUUAUGUUGACAAAAUCAAGGGAAUAGGUCCAAAGAAAGCUAUUGAGCUUGUAAAGAAACACAAGUGUAUCGAGAAAAUACUGGAAAACAUUGAUAAAACUAAAUACCCUGUACCUCAUAACUGGAUGUACAACGAGGCCAGGCGUCUGUUUAAAGAACCGGAUGUGAUCCCUGCAGCUGAUGUUGAUCUGAAGUGGGAGAAACCUGACGAGGAGGGACUGAUAAACUUCCUGUGCGUUGAGAAGGGGUUCCAGGAGGAGAGGAUCAGGAAUGGAGCCAAGAAGCUGCUCAAGGGAAGACAAGGUUCAACACAGGGCAGAUUAGAUUCAUUCUUCAAGGUUCUACCAAGUCCUACUCCUGCGAACAACAAAAGAAAGUCUGAGGAUGGAAAAGGAUCGGCUGCGAAGAAGGCUAAAUCCAGCGCAGGAGCGGCGAAGAAGGGAGUCUAUAGAAGAUAACAUCCUAGAUGUGUCAUCAGCAUUUAAUCUCCGAUACGCACUCAAAAAAAUCCAUUCUGUCCAAUUCUUAAAAGAAUGUUUUUUUAAUUUCCCCGGAAGUUUUCCUAAUUUCCUAUCUUUAAUCGGAGGUUCUGAAAUAUAUGUAUAAUCUCCCGUAUUCUUUCAGA